ACUAGAUACUCCUUCUUAAUUUUUAUUGCCCCUGAACGCCACGGAACAUUUGUCGCCCUUUUCUCUCACACCCCUUUCGUGCUCUCCUAUUCUUCACCAACGGUUAAAGGGCCUCCGUUUGUACAUAAUUCCAGCAAAGCGGGCGGAGCCUUUUCUUUGGUCAGCUUUCGUCAUUCUACUCUUGCUGCUGCUGCUGCUCGCCCCUUGGGAAACAAGCCACCUUUUGCUACCACCACCAACCUUACCUUACCUACCUUAAACCUCCGCGACCUUCCUGUCCCGAGGCCAACCGCGUACAUUGUGACAGAACACAAGUCGCAGCGCAACCCCCGAACCCGCACACGGCCUUUUGCAUCCCUACGAAAGCUCCGAGUUUACACCACGACCACACCUCUUCCCACACCGAGUUCCUGUCGAGAAUCGACAAACCAUCUUUCAAAAUGGGCGCAAGCAUGUCAUGGCUGUCGGGCCUCGUGUGGUCGAAGAAGGAGAUUCGCAUCCUGAUCUUGGGACUGGUAUGCGAACCCUCCCGCUCAGCGUUUCCCUCGUGAUGCGUCCGAAACGUGGAGACGCAAGGCUGACAAACCACCGUGUUCUACAGGAUAACGCUGGCAAGACGACACUUUUGUACAGACUGAAGAUCGGUGAGGUUGUCACCACGAUCCCCACGAUAGGAUUCAACGUCGAGUCCGUCACAUACAAAAACCUCAAUUUCAACGUUUGGGAUCUAGGUGGUCAAACCAGCAUUCGCCCCUACUGGCGGUGUUACUACGCCAACACGGCGGCCGUCAUCUUCGUCGUCGACUCGACCGAUAUCGAGCGUCUGCAGACCGCGGCCGAGGAGCUGGGCGCCAUGCUCAACGAGGAGGAGCUCAAGGACGCUUCGCUCCUCGUCUUUGCCAACAAGCAGGACCAGCCCGGCGCCAAGGGCGCGGGCGAGAUCUCGGAGGCGCUGCGCCUCGGCGAGCUGCGCGAUCGGAACUGGAGCAUCAUGGCCUGCUCCGCGGUCGACGGCAGCGGUGUCACGGAGGGCAUGGACUGGCUUGUCCAAACCGUCAACCAGGAGUCAUAAAAACGGAGUCUAUGACUUUGCUGACCCUUACACGACCAACCUCUCAAAAACAACCACUUAUAUAUAACGCCCCUCACGAUUUAUAAUACGGCCCAUCAAUUGGGUAGAGCUGCGCAUCGAUGUGUGUUUGUCGACGUCUUUUUUUGUUUUGGAGAGAGAGAGGGCAUUCGCAAGAUCCCCCGUCAACCCUCGGCGUACUGCGAGACCGGCGUUUCAGCAUUGGGUAGUGCCGGACUGUAGACCGAAUACUGGAAACAGUUAGUCUGCGGUUUUUACUGCCGUGCGCAUUUACGAAUAUCUGGACAACGGGGUCGUUUCGAAAUGCGGAUGAGUGAACGCGCGUGUUGCGCAUACAACGUUUUAUGAGGCGACCAGAGGGCCCGAAUGGGAGGGGCGGGGGGAGAGAGAGACACACACACAGAAGACAGAGGAAGAGAUGAAAGAGAAAGGAAACUCGAGUUGAUUCGUCCAUUUUAUCAGUUUACACGCUUCUAAUGCCAGCACGGGGACGUCGUACCGCGUCCCUGGUUUCUGUUCUGACACCUCCUUUGGUCGCCCGUGUGAUGGCUAACCCCCUUUCUCAGAGUUCUCGUAUGAGGUAGGCGGCGAGAUUUGGAUAGAAACGGGCUCAUGUGUGAGCUUUUAAUCAUUCUUACACAGUCUUGGAACUUUUCCGAGACGAUGGGGAGUCACAGCUCUCACAAAGCACGAAAAGUAUACAACGGC